AUGGUAAUUGACGAAUAUGAAACCCUAACCUACAACAAACUCUUCCAAUCCGUCGAGCUUUACCUACAUCCUGACAUCGCUCAACACCUUAAGCGAUUCAAAACCGUAAUGCGACCUAAGGAGCAUAAUGUCUCCAUCGUAAUCGAUCGCAACGAAGAAAUCCUCCACAAGUUCAAAGGCGUUGAUUUCAAAUGGAGAUUAAUCAUACAAGCGAUUCCGCCAACGUACAUUAGAAGAUCUGGAGGAAGUAACGAACAUCACACCAUGGUGAAAUCAAGUGUUCGUUGCUUUGAGGUAAGGUUUCAUAAGAAUCACAGAGACAUGGCUUUAUCUGAGUACUUUCCAUUUGUAAUGGAAAAAGCUAAAGAAGUUCAAGAGGAACAGAAGACACCGAAGCUUUUCACUCUCACGAACGAUAGAGUGUUGAAAAGAUUCGGAGAUAUGUGGCAAUCUGUGGCUCUCGAUCAUCCUGCUACAUUUGAGUCAUUAGCGAUGGAUUCUGAGUUGAGGAAUAUGAUACUUGAUGAUUUGGAUCUCUUUCUGGAGCGUAAGGAGUUCUAUAAGAGGGUUGGUAAACCUUGA